CCACUGAGACCUGAUCCACUGAGACCUGGUCCCCUGAUCCACCGAGACCUGGUCCACUGAGACCUGGUCCACCGAGACCUGGUCCCCUGAGACCUGGUCCUCCUGUUUCUCUGCUGUAACCCUGUGUGUCUCUGUUGCUAGGCAACCCCAGUCUGUCACCUGAUACCUGGUUGAUCAUAAUAAUCAGUGAUUAUGGGGAGUUCUAGUCGGGGGAGGAGGUUCUGGCCCGAAGCCUCGUUAGCGCCGGUUCUGUUGAAUGAUUAACGAGGAGGCCCGGCCCCAGAAUCAAUUAUGGAUGAAGACAGGAACAACGAGACAGAGGACGGAGGGAAAGAACAGUCAGGUAGAAGGAAGAAUUAAAGAUAAGAAGAGGAAGAUAGAAGAGAACCAGGAACCGAGAACAAACGAGCGAAGACGAAAAGAAAAGAACAACUUGAAAGAGUGAAAGAAAAGACGGAACAAAAACAAACGAGAGAAAGAGAAGAUGUGAAGAAGAAGAAAAGAAGAAGAGAGACACAUUCAGUCUUGAACAGAAACAUUCUUCUGGUCCAAUCAGAACAAAAUGGAGGAGGGUAAAAAAGGGGAGGAGGAAGUUACCUGUCAGCCCCUCCCCUGUGCUUCCUCCUCUGUUGCCGUGGAGACGCUGAAGCGGCAGGACCUGGUCUGCAUCGUCUGUUUUGGGAGCUUUGACCUCGCUACACGGUUACCACGGCGACUGCACUGUGGCCACGCCUUCUGCCAGGUGUGUCUGAACAGACUGGACACGGUCAUCAAUGAACAGGUGUGGAUCCCUUGUCCUCAGUGCCGGCAGAACACUCCUCGACCUCGAGGAGGAGCAGCAGGUCUGGAUCUGGACCUGGUCUCCUUCCUUGGAGUAAAGGCCCAACAGACCUGCACCUCCUCCUGCUCCUCCUGGAGGGAGGCAGGAGGAGGUGCUGGAGGAGGAGCCCAGGGUGGGAAGGUGUGGCUGGAGAAGGAGGUAGCAGAUGAUGGAUGGUCGCAUGGAGGUCUGGCUGAACCGCGCUUUCAUCGCUAUGGCAACUGCUGCCUGCCACCGUCCUAUUGGCUGUGCUGCUGGUUCUGCUGCCCAGGGCGGGGCUAACACAAACGGGCGGGGCUAACACAAACGGGCGGGGCUAACACAAAUGGGCGGGGCCACUAUG